AUGUCUCUCGCUAACAAGCUCGCCAUCACAGACGUCGACCUCAAGGACAAGCGCGUCCUGAUCCGGGUCGACUUCAACGUCCCUCUCGAUGCAGACAAGAAGAUCACCAACAACCAGCGCAUUGUUGGUGCUUUGCCCACCAUCAAGUAUGCCCUUGACCAAGGUGCCAAGGCGGUCAUCCUGAUGUCCCACCUGGGCCGUCCCGAUGGCAAGCCCAACCCCAAAUACAGCCUGCAGCCCGUCGUCCCGGAACUGGAGAGGUUGCUCGGCCGCAGUGUGAUCUUCACCAACGACUGCGUGGGCAAGGAGGUCGAGGAGACCGUCAACAAGGCCUCCGGCGGCCAGGUCAUCCUGCUGGAGAACUUGCGGUUCCAUCCCGAAGAGGAAGGCAGCUACAAGGAUGAGGAGGGCAAGAAGGUCAAGGCCGACAAGGAGAAAGUUGCAGAGUUCCGUAAGGGAUUGACUGCGUUGGGAGAUGUCUACAUCAACGACGCAUUCGGUACCGCCCACCGCGCUCACAGCUCCAUGGUCGGAGUGGAACUGCCUCAAAAGGCAUCUGGUUUCCUUGUCAAGAAGGAGCUGGACUACUUUGCCCAGGCAUUGGAGAACCCGCAGAGACCAUUCUUGGCCAUCCUGGGAGGAGCCAAGGUCUCCGACAAGAUCCAGCUCAUUGACAACCUGCUUUCUAAGGUGAACAGCCUGAUCAUCACCGGUGCGAUGGCCUUCACUUUCAAGAAGACUCUCGAGAAUGUGAAGAUUGGAAACAGCCUGUUCGAUGAAGCCGGCAGCAAGAUCGUUGCAGACAUCAUCGAGAAGGCCAAGAAGAACAACGUCCAGGUCAUCCUGCCGGUCGACUACGUCACCGCGGACAAGUUCGCCGCCGACGCCAACACCGGCUAUGCCACUGACGCGGAUGGCAUUCCGGACGGCUGGCUGGGUCUGGAUGUCGGCGAGAAGAGUGUGGAGCUGUACAAGAAGGCGAUCUCCGAGGCGAAGACCAUCAUCUGGAACGGUCCCCCUGGUGUCUUCGAGCUGGAGCCUUUCGCUAAGGGUACGAAGGCCACUCUGGACGCCGCCGUUGCGGCCGCGCAGGCUGGCACUAUCGUGAUCGUUGGAGGCGGUGACACCGCGACUGUUGCGGCCAAGUAUGGCGCCGAGGACAAGCUGAGCCAUGUGUCGACUGGCGGUGGUGCCUCUCUGGAGCUGCUGGAGGGCAAGGAACUGCCUGGUGUGGUUGCUCUGUCAAGUAAGUAA